GUUUAAUCUUUUGAUGGGAAAGUCGGGUUUUCCUGAUACUGGGAUUCCGGGAUUCCCGGGGUUGGGGUGGCCCAGUUCCUGCGAGAAGCAAUAGCAGGCGGUGCCGUGAGGCGCACUGUGAGUCCAACUAUCCCAAGCGCCUGGAGCCCCCCCCCCCCCCCCCCCCUGCCCCCCCCGCCCCCCGCCCGCGGCUGCGCCCCCAGACUCAGGCCUCUCCGGGCGGUGCCGGGCGCCUCUGUGACGCGGCGUUCCAGUCAGUCGUCCUUUGCAGAGCAGGUAGCCAGAGCCGCCCGGAGACAAGAGCCGGCGGCGACAGCGGCGGCAUGAACUGCUACCAGCUACCGGUGGUGAUCGACAACGGCUCAGGAGUGAUCAAGGCGGGCCUGGCGGGGUCCAGGGAGCCCCAGUUUCUCUACCCGAACAUUAUCGGCCGCGCCAAGGGCCAGAGCCCAGCGGCCCAGGGCGGGCUAGAACUCUGCGUGGGCGACCAAGCUCAGGCAUGGAGAAGUUCGCUGUCCAUCAGUUACCCAGUGGAGCGAGGUCUCAUUACUUCAUGGGACGACAUGGAGAUCAUGUGGAAGCAUAUCUAUGAUUAUAACCUCAAGCUGAAGCCAUGUGAUGGUCCAGUCUUGAUUACUGAGCCAGCCCUGAACCCACUGGCCAACCGGCAACAGAUCACAGAAGUGUUUUUUGAGCAUCUGGGUGUUCCUGCCUUCUAUAUGUCCAUCCAGGCUGUGCUAGCUCUCUUUGCUGCUGGCUUCACUACUGGCCUUGUGCUGAAUUCAGGAGCUGGGAUUACCCAGAGUGUGCCCAUCUUUGAGGGUUACUGUCUGCCUCAUGGUGUGCAGCAACUGGAUCUGGCCGGCCUUGACCUCACCAACUACCUCAUGGUGCUAAUGAAGAACCACGGUAUCUUGUUGCUUAGUGCUUCAGACAGAAAGAUUGUUGAAGACAUCAAGGAGACCUUUUGUUAUGUGGCAAUGAAUUACGAUGAGGAAAUGGCCAAGAAACCUGAUUGUCUAGAAAAAGUUUACCAACUACCUGACGGGAAGGUCUUCCGGCUCCAUGACCAACUCUUUUCUUGUCCAGAGGCCCUCUUCUCUCCGUGUCACAUGAACCUUGAGGCCCCUGGCAUUGAUAAGAUAUGUUUCAGCAGCAUAAUGAAAUGUGAUAUAGGCCUGAGGAAUUCCUUCUUUUCCAAUAUUAUCCUUGCCGGGGGAUCAACCUCUUUCCCUGGUUUAGACAAGCGGUUAGUUAAGGAUAUAGCAAAGGUGGCACCUGCCAACACCGCUGUGCAAGUUACAGCUCCUCCAGAAAGGAAAAUAUCAGUGUGGAUGGGAGGUUCUAUUCUUGCAUCCUUGUCUGCCUUCCAGGACAUGUGGAUCACUGCUGCAGAAUUUAAAGAAGUUGGACCCAACAUAGUACACCAGAGAUGCUUCUGAAAUACAGAUAAAAUGGUUAGAAGAAAAUGUUUUGAGUAUAUGUGACAGAAAACGUUGGAUAUGUUUCCUGGAGAAUAGAAAAUACCUCAAUUAUUGGGAUGCCAAUAUUUCUGUUGUAUUUCUAUAAUGGGUGGGGGGAUAAUAAUGGUGAAGCUCAAGAACAGAUGUCUAUUGAGUAGAACCAAGUUAAAAUAAUGUUUCCUAUGGUGCCUCUUCUAUAAGUUGAUGUUGAUGAGCUUAUAUUUCCUUUGGAAGAGAGCAGUUUGUGGUACAAUAUGCUAUGUGCCAAAUGAGUGAUAAGAUUUAAGGUUACUGAAGUUUAGGGAAAGAAGGUUGCUGUGGUGAGGAAAGAGACUCCAUAGUAGAGGUAUGCCAUCAUGGAAGGGGUGGCUUUAGGAUGGAAAACAGAUAUCCAGGCAAGCAUACUAAAAUGAACAAGUUGCUAAAGAUGAGAAUGAACAAAGCAUAUUCAGGGCAUGCUUAAUAGACUGAUUUUGUUUUUAAA